UCCAUGGUGUUUAUACGUCUCGAGGGGGGGUUAUUGGAGGCUCUUCGCAAGCUCUGACGCGAGUGCGAGCUUUGCUGGUGCGAUUCGCCAAUACAAGAUGCCGAUGCUGUGAAGCAGCACUCGCAGGGUCAUAUCGUAUUAUAUACACCAACACCGAGUCUUUCGUCGCGCUUAGGUCUGGUUGCUUUUGGCUGCAGCGUAGGCGGAAGCGCAGCUGCAGAGGCCCCGUGAAAAUGUCAUCAGCCGGCGUGCCAUUUCUGCUCAUCACCGCCAACGUCGGCAGCAUCUUCGAGGAGCCGAGUUCUAUGCUAAAGGUAUGGACGGAGGAAUUUUUAUCGACGAUAUCAAGACUCAAUCCAAAGUUCGUUGCCCUACACUGCCAGGAAGUGGGAGGGAAGAACUACGAAGAGAGCAUGAGGCACGUCAAGGAUUUCGUGAGGUUGUUGAUGUCUUCGGAAGAGCUGCGGCUCUUCGACAAAGUCAGGGUUUUCUUGGACGAAGACUUUUCCUCGGCCGAACACUUCACGAAAUUAACCGAAAAUACGAGUGAGAGCCAAACAUCGAUUAAGGGCAGCUUGUCAAAGCUUCAGUUUCGCAACGACAGUGACGAUCUCAUACUCACCCUCGGCAAAAAGGAAUUUUCCCAUCGCGAGCACCAGCAGGUUUUUGUAAAAAACAGUGGCCAGUGGUUGAGGGAGUACGACAAGGAGCUGGGCGACUUUGAGGGCCGGCUGUUUGAGUUUCCGAUCGAGUUCGUGCCGAGCUAUCCAUACGAAGAGAACGUCAAGGAGGGGACCAAGUACAUGCUCACCAGAGUGCCGGCCUGGUGCGACCGGGUACUGCUGAGCCCCGCCGCCAAGUCACUAGUCAAGGAUAUUUCGUCACCGGAUGCCAUCGAAUACGGCAUCAUCGGACCGUGUACCUGCAUGGGAGAUCACAAGCCGGUCUACCUCCGAGUGCUGCUGUCCGCGGACGCAGGUAUGAUUAAUUGCUGCAACGAGCCGUCAAGCUCGAACCUCUGCUUCCGCGUGCCCGAGAGCUACCUGGCCUCCGAGCGUCUGCAACCACUCACGCCAACGACCACCACGAUCACCACCACCACCACCUCCUCUUUCCCCGCCACUGUCGCAGCGCUACUCUCGCUUGAUAUCGACUCCUCAACCACCUCGAACCCACCCAAAUCCAGCUGCAAAAGUUGCGCCACACAACAACAAAAACAACAACAACAACAACAACAACAACAGACCUCAACCUCCUUUCACACAUCCAAUAAUCUCUUGCUCGCAGCUCCCCACAAGCAUGAUCCCUACACCCCUGAUAGCAUGGACAGUCCGAGUCCUAGUGCCCUGGGCAUAGGUCUCGGUUUAUCCUCCGAGAGCGUACCACCCGACUUUGACGCGCAGCCAAUAGCCGCCAGUUCGAGUCCCUGCGCCCAGCAACAACACCACCCAUCGGUCCAGAGGCCAAAACACCAGUCGGCCAAACACACGAUGGACAGGGCUGUGUCGCCAGAGUUGCUCAAGUCGAAGCUGGAGCUCAUAGCCGAGAAGAGGCGGGACGGUGAAGUGGACUCGAACUCGGGAUCCGAAGCUGGUGAUGAUAACGCGGAUGAGCAUCGACGCGAGCAGUUGGACGGUGACGUUUCCUGGCAGCGCUCGCACUUGCUCACCAGAGCCUGGCUCCAGGGCAAGGACAGCCAGGUCUACUGCUCCUUUUCCACGGACUUGCAGCACCGCAGUGUCGAGGAGGACGCGGAGGAAGGACAUAGGAUCCAUGAGGCCAGCUCGGAAACGGCCGAUCGGUCGGAAUCGCAGCAGCGCCGCUGUCCCCACCACCGCAACCAACAGCAGCAGCAGUGCCACCUGGCGGUAGACAUGGUAAUCCCCCGCAUAGCGAUAAUAAACGCGAGCAAUUUGGAGUCGAACGCGAGUUCGGUGCAGCUCGACGACAGCGCCAACAAGCGAACCGCCACGCCGUCGGACCAGUGCUACCUGGACACGUGUUACUCGAACACUAGGACGCGGAGCCUGAGCGAGGCCGACUCGAGUUGCGGCAAGUCACCCGCGGCUUGUAGUUUUGAGGGAAACGAGUCGCAGGAGGAGACGGCCGAGAAGCCGGGGAUCCUUCCCGACGAGGGAAACGAGGCGAGACAACGGACCCCGACCACGAGGAGCAACUCCAUACAGAGCCAGGAAGCGAACGUCAGUUUGAAGCUGAAAGCGUACAACAAAGUCACCGAGAGGUGCAAGGGGAAGAUCGUCGGGGAGAAGGGUCGCUGCGGCAAGUGCUGCGUUGUGUCGUGAUCGAGGGGGAGCAAUGGAAAUAUGUCAUCGUGCGCGAGACUGUGAACUUUGUAUGAUUUCCAGAAAGUUGUUCAACAAUUUUUUGACAGUAUAUAUAUACACCUGCUGUAUUUUCAAGGGGAUAUAUCUCACGAGUAUCGCGUUCAUUGCUAAAAGUUGAUGAUGACUUUCUUGCCUUGUGUCGCUUGAUGUGUUCGGAUUAUGACGUGAAAAAAAAAAUAAUGUUUUUUUUUUGUCUUUGCGCGUUCUUAUCCAUGUCGAUAGUCAAAUAUAUGCAAAUAUUCGUGCCGUGCGAUAAUACGUAAUAACAAUAAGUGUGAUUUAUGGAUACGUAUAUGUAUACAUAUGCUAGAAAUAUGUAUAUUUUUGUUACUUAUGUGUGUACACAGUACAAUUUUGUGUCUUUGUGUGGUUUUGGUGAACCGUAUGUACAAUCGUUUCAUCGGUUUUGGACCAAAAGGUCAUUUGUCACACGACCAUUUUAUAGUACUGGAGAAAUUCGGGUUGUUAUUUAAAUGAUUUUUGGACUUCGUUUCGCUGUUCACUUCAGUACUGAUUUUUGGAUAUAAUAAAAAAACAUCGUUCAUUUUUCAUGAAGUUUUUCUAAGUAGAGCUUCACGAUAUUAGAACACUUAAUUAUUACAAUAUUUAAUUGUGUCAAGUAAUUAGUUACAAAAAAAAAAAAAAA